CAUCAUGCAUAUGCAUGCUCCAAUCCUUCGAGCAGUCAAGUCUGCGUGUCACUAGUGAUGGCGUGAUCGUGGCUUAAAAAAAGAAGGGAUUUGUUUGGUACCGACCUUCCGAGUGGAGUCGUGAAGAGGAAGACCUGUGCCUCUACUGUGGUGGUAAGCUUCUCGUAUGGAUUUAGUGGAAGAUGAAGGGUCAAAUCCUGGUGUACUCUAUCGUUGGGUGUCCCCACUGCAUGAAAGCAAAGUCCACACUCAACGAGCUGAACCUCCCGUAUGUUGAUGUCAGCGUGGAUAAAUACGACAUAUCAGUCCGCAAGAGCCUCGUUGAACGAACCGGUAAACGUACCGUGCCACAGGUAUUCUUCAACUCGCACUACAUCGGAGGAAAUGACGACUUGCAAGAAUUGAUUCGAGACAAGGAAUCAUUACAGCGACUCAUUCAGGAUGUGGAAGAUAACGAGCCCCCUGCAGAUGCCCCAGAAGUACCUGAUCCCAGCCUGAAGAUUGGAUCUGCUGCAGGAGACGAAUUUAAUUUCACUUGCGAGCUGGAUGAAUGCGCCUUACUUGUCAAGGACCUGAAGGAGAGUGGAUUGAUUUCGGAUAAUCGCAGAGGUCUGAAGGUUUAUAAAAACACCUUUGUGGGCCGUGAGUUUGUGGAUUGGAUCGUGAAAACCAAAGAUGUUGAUCGUGAAAGGGCAGUGGAAAUUGGCCAGGCAUUGAUCGAGCAGCGUUUCGGACACGAUGUGAAGAGCUCCCACGAGCAGGUGUUUGAGGACAGUGACCGAGUCUAUCGGUUGAUUGAGGAUGAUCCGGCUACCGCCCUCAAUCAGGGUAUGAGCUCCCUGUGUGAGCCGCGACCUGCUUCAGAACUCGGAGAGGAGCUACGCAAGUUAAUUCUUGAUCUAUACAAUCAGCACCUAACCCGAGAUGGCAAGGGUGUCGAUUACCCGGGAAUAAAGGACAGUCCAAAAUUUCAGCAGUACGUCAAGCACACGGCGGAGCUAGUACGCGUCGACAUUGCCGCUGCAACUCGGGAAGAGAAACUUGCCUUUUUUAUCAACGUUUACAAUGCGCUGGUGAUCCAUGCCAACGUUACGCAAGGUCCACCGACAAACAUCUGGCAGCGAUAUAAGUUCUUCAAUCGGACCUGUUACAUCAUCGGGGGCCAUAUCUAUUCCCUCCAAGACAUUGAGAACGGGGUCCUGCGGGGCAACCGGAAGGGCAUCGGUCAGUUCAGCCGCCCCUUCUCCAAGAGUGACCCGCGGUUCGUCAUCGCUCUAGAGACGCCGGAACCGCUCAUUCACUUUGCUUUGGUGUGUGGGGCGAGGAGUUGUCCACCAAUCAAAACAUACAGUGCAAAGGGUAUCUAUGACCAGUUGAAGUUGGCAGCUGAGGCCUUUCUCGAAAGUUCCGAUGGCUGUCUUGUCCUGCCAGGGAAGAAUGAGGUCCGUCUCAGCAAGAUUUUCCAGUGGUACAAGGUGGACUUCGGAGGGACUGACGCCAAGGUUGUUCAGUGGGUCUAUGAUCACAUAGGAGACGGUGAAAAGAAGAUGGCCCUCGGGAAAAUGUUGUCAAGUGGGAACUUCAAGACCUCUUAUCUCACAUACAAUUGGUCUUUAAACUCUAAGCACGGUAGUCAACUUUAGUAAAAUGGAACAGAUGUGAGAACUCAGAUUAUUAUGCACUUUUGUGCCUCAUUUUCUCAGAUUUCUAUAUUCAUUUGCUUUAUCUCUUUUUUAUUUUUGUAACUUUUGCCUUUUGUAAUAUAAGGUGAAUAUUUUCUACAGGCUCUAAGUUACUGAAAUGUUAAAAAGAAAGACAAAACAGGGCUUUAUAUCAAAACUGUGGGGUUACGCUGGGCUAUAAAGUUGUAAAAGUCAGGGUGCCAGUCUAGUGACCCCACUUAGAGUUGCAUGGAAAAGUGUCUCCAAAUACCUGGGUAUAACAAGUAUCUGCUUCAUCUUAGACAGUUUUCUAGUUGUGGUCUUUCAAAGUCUGGAUAGAAGACUAGUUUUUGUUACCCAAAAACUGGUUUUAGUAGCAUUUUUGGAGGUCCAAAUAUAGUUGUUUUUAAUGAAAAUAAUUGGUGGCUAAGAAUUGGUGUCUAGGCAAAUUAAUUUAUACACGAUGUAUAAUCUUUUUUUUCUCUGCAAAGAGGUCUGAAAUUGUAUCCAUUAAAGUAGUCCUAGAGCAUUUCAACCUAGAACUCAGGUUUUUCACCACAGGUUACCGUCUGACAGGGUGUUUGUAUGAGUCAAGGACUUUUGUUUGACAUUAUUUGUGAUCAUGCCUAGCAUUUACCACAUUUCCUAUUAGCAGCACUCUGUAAUAGUGAGUUAGCAAUCAAUGUAGCAUGUCUUUAUUAUGUCUUAAUAGACCUAGUUUAUUCUGGACUGCUUUGUUAUUGAUUAGCCUCUGUGUCUUUUUAAUUAAGAGCACCAUACCGUUAGCAUUAAUUUAGGAUAUAUGGGAUGGGUUAUCUCAAGUGUUUUUAUUUACAGUUGAAAGCAAGGAAAAUUUCAGGUCUUAUGUCUUUUGAUUCUUCAUUUUCAGUUGUGAUAAUGCAAGGUUCUUUUCAUACACGGGAACUUUGGAAAGUCAGUGACCUGUAAAAAGGAUUCAUUGAUGAGUUCCGUGUACGGACAUAGCUAACGUUUCCCUUUUGGCUUUAUGGUAUAUCAGGCAUCAGAGAGCAAUAACAUGUCCUACAGAGUCAAAUUUGGCAGGGAAAAUUUCAAAGCAUUUACUCUGUAAUACCAAACUGCUGCAAAGUUUAGAUAUACUUCGAAUUUUCAGACCAGUUUCAUAGGAUUUGUAGAUGUCUAGCGUCUAAAUGUACGUCAGUUUUGGUGAGCAAGUCAAAACUCUCUUCAAAACCAGUUUCACAGUUAUGAGACUGAGGGGAAAAAAGCUUUGAAAGUCUGUUUGUUGAGCUGUCACAUAAAAACAGUUGGAGACCUGCGCCGGAGUAUUAAAUCUGACGGAAGAAAA